AUGCUAAAACCUACCACCACCACCACCACCAAGGAAAUGAACCCAGAUCAGCCAAGAAUUGAUGCAAUGUUACAGUCAACUUUGCCGCCCAACUCUGAAAAGGUAAAGAGAAUAACAAAAGCUGUGGCAGCUUUCAUAGCGAAGGACCUGCGCCCUUACUCUGUUGUGGAAAACAGUGGGUUUCGCUACCUUUUGAAGACGAUAGAGCCGCGUUACAAGAUCCCGUCACGAAGUCACUUUACAGAAAACGUCAUACCUGCACUCUACUACGAAACCAAAGCUAAGAUAAUUGCAUCAAUGAGCCAAGCAAGUCGAGUCGCAAUAACGUGUGAUUCCUGGACUUCAGUCACGACAGAGUCUUAUGUUACAAUAACAGCACAUUACGUUAGUAAGGACUGGCAGAUUUUGUCGCAUGUACUGCAAACGAGAGCCAUUUAUGAGUCUCACACGGGUGCUCAUCUGGCAGAGCUACUUUCUCAUGUUGUGGAAGAAUGGCAGCUGUCCGAUAAAUCUGUAGUGCUUGUGACCGACAACGCGUCAAACAUGAUAGUUGCAGCUCAAGUUGGAAAAUUCCCCCAUGUGAAAUGCUUCACCCAUACACUGAAUCUUGCAUCCCAGCGAGCGUUGAAAGUGGCCACUCUCUCUAGGCUUCUUGGCAGAGUACGUCGGAUAUCCACAUUCUUUCACCGCAGCACUAGAGCAAGCCACUGUCUAAAAGAGAAACAGAAAUGUCUUGGCCUGAAGAAUCAUAAGCUGAUAACUGAUGUGGCAACAAGAUGGAACAGUGCAUACGACAUGGUCGAGAGGUUCUUGGAACAACAACCUGCAGUCUGUGCCACCUUGCUGUCUCCAGAAGUCAGAAGAGGAGAGUCCGAUCUCUGCACUCUAAACGAAACAGAUGUGUCAAAUGCAGAGGACGCCGUGAGUGCAUUAAAGCCAAUGAAGGAUGCAACCAUGCUGAUGUCAGAAGAGCGCAAUCCAACAGUUUCUCUCAUUGCCCCUAUAAAUGCACAACUUCUCCAGAGCAUGACAGACACGAUGGGAGACACACCCAUAAUCCAUGAGAUCAAGAAUUCUAUUAGAACAGAUCUCCAGAAGAGGUACAGCAAAAGAUUGGAGAUAUUUAAAGGAGUCACUGAGGAAGCUGCAUCCUUGGAGAUUACAUCAGAUGAGAGUGAGAGGACACAAGAGGAUCAUCAAGUGCCUAGAAGAAAACAAACUCUGGAAGAAGAGGACAGUUCACCCAUCGAAGACAACCAUUCUCCACCAUCUCCUCCCAAAAAGGCCAGAUCGCUGCUCGUGAGUUUGCUGGGACAGUCUUUCACUGACACUGAAGGUACAAUAGAACCCAAAAAGACCCCCUAUGCCAAGGCUGAAGAGGAAAUGGAAAACUAUUGUAAAGCCCCACCUCUGCCUCUCACUGAGGACCCUUUGAACUGGUGGCGUGAGCAUGAGGUCAUAUUUCCCCUCCUUUCUCGGCUGUCAAAGCAAUACUUGUGUAUCCCAGGUACAAGCGUGUCUGCAGAGCGGGUUUUCUCCACUGCAGGAGAUGUGGUAACUGCAAAAAGAAGCGCCCUCAAACCAGACCAUGUAGAUCAAUUGGUGUUCUUACAGAAAAAUCUACAUGUUCCCAAAUGCUGAGCAGUGUUUUUAAUUUUAUAGAUUUUGUUUAUAGCAUUGUCUC